UAUCUUAAUCUCAUAAUACAGUGUUACUUAUCGUAAAAAUGCCUUUAAAAGGUAUAAAGGUUUUAGAAUUAAGUGGGCUUGCACCAGGUCCUUUUUGUGGAAUGAUAUUAGCAGAAUUUGGUGCAGCUGUGAUUAAAGUAGAUAAGGUGAAUGGAUCCUAUAAUACCAUUGAUUCUUUGGGUCACGGAAAACGGUCAAUUGCAUUAAAUUUAAAAACCUAUGAGGGUUCCAACAUAUUUAAGAAAUUGAGUAAUCAAAGUGAUGUACUUAUAGAUCCAUUUAGACCUGGAGUAAUGGAAAAAUUAAAAUUAGGACCAGAAGUACUUAUGAGAUUAAAUAAGAGAUUGAUAUAUGCUAGAUUAACAGGAUUUGGUCAUACAGGACCAUAUGUUAAUAUGGCUGGACAUGAUAUUAAUUAUCUAGCUUUAUCUGGUUUAUUAUCAUUGUUUGGACGCUACAAUCAAAAACCCACACCACCUAUUAAUCUGGCUGCUGAUUUCGCUGGUGGUGGAUUAAUAUGUGCCUUUGGUAUAAUGUUAGCAUUGUUUGAACGUAAUAAAAGUAAUAUUGGCCAAGUCAUUGAUGCAUCAAUUGUAGAUGGAUCUGCAUAUGUAGGUAGUUGGUUCUUUAGAUCUCAAAAUGUACCUGGGCUCUGGGGAAAUCCUCGUGGCAAAAAUAUACUAGACUCUGGAACACAUUUUUAUGAUACUUAUGAAACAAAAGAUAAAAAAUAUAUGUGUGUUGGGGCAAUUGAACAUAAGUUUUAUGAAACAUUUUUGAACAAACUUAGUAUUUCAGCAGAUGAAAUGCCACAAUUUGAUAAAUUUGAAGAAAAUCGAGAAAAAUUAGAAAAGAUAUUUAAGCAAAAAACUCAAGCAGAAUGGUGUUCUAUAUUUGAUGGUACAGAUGCUUGUGUAACGCCUGUUUUAAAUUUAAAAGAUGUUACAUCACAUGCACACAAUAAAGAAAGAAAUACAUUUGGAUUUGAAAGUAAUGGUUUAGUAAUUCCAAAUCCUGCUCCUCGUUUAUCUCGUACACCUGGAAUAUCCAAAGGACAUCAAAAGAAUCCUGAACCAGGUGAACAUACUAUAGAAAUUCUUACUGAACUAAAUUUUAAAUCUGAAGAAAUUACUAAUUUAAUAGCAAAUGGAAUUGUUAAUCAACCAAUGAAACGUUCUAUGCUUUAA